AUGCGUUACCUCCAUGGAAUCGUCGGACUCGCCUUAAUCUCUGUUUCUGCAAAGGCUGCGUCUCUUAAGGCCCCGUCCUUGGAUACGCGCAACAUUCAAGAGUUGACGGAGGCAGCGUGUGCGGCAAUGAAAAAUCUGAUGUCCUACUUCACCCCUAACCCCAGAGGAACCUUUGACGAAACUGUUACACCAUGGCACGAAUCCGGAAUGAUCUGGGGCUUGCACUUUGACUAUGCCAGGUGGACCGGAGACGACAAGUACUUGGACAUUGUGGCCCAAGCCUUGUUCCACCAAUCGAAUGAUGAUUUGCAUGAUUUUAUCGCCCCUGGGGCCACCGAGCAAUGGAACGAUGACAUUCUGUGGCCCAGCCAGGCACUGAUUCGACAUGCUCACCCCCCUCUGCAUUCAGCUGUCGCUGCUGCCGAAUUUUAUGGUCCGGAUUCUACACUACCUAACAGCAAUGAGACUUGGAUUAAUCUUGCCGACAAGACCUAUCGACAAGUCUACGCUCAGAAGGACGACAAGUGCGGAGGCGGAGUCUACUGGUACCGAGACAGAUCUGUUCCCCGAGGAUCCUACAAAGCAUUGAUCACCCACUCCGAGUUCAUUUCACAAGGCGCGCGAAACUACAUGAUCAAUAAAGAUCCCGACACCCUCGAACAGGCGAAAUGCAUGAUUGAUUGGGUGGUAUCCUCAGGCCUGGCGAAUCCUCACACUGGAUUAUUAAUGGACGGGGUCUCGGUGAAGAACUGCACCGAUUUUACGACGUUCCAAUGGAGCUAUAACUAUGGACAAUGGUUAGGCUCUCUCGCUUGGAUGCAUAGAGCAACUGGUGAUCAAAAGUAUCUCGAUAUGGCCGGCCCCUACUUCGACUACGCACAACGAACCUUUGCCGCUUCCAAUACUUCGGGAAUCAUUGCAGAGCUCUGUGAGCCUGAUGCAUCAUGUAAUCGUGACCAACAGGGCUUCAAGGCGAUCUACGCACGAAAUCUCGCAUACCUGCACCGGGAGACCAAUGAUCAGGCGAUGAAGCAAGCAAUUGAGAAAAUCAUCGAUACCACCGUCAACGCCAUGGUCCGCUCUUUUAUUUAUUGGCCUUUGUUUCUUUCGUUGUUUCUCGGAUGUUUUGUUGGUCUCCUUUAG